UCGUGAAAGGACUUGGAAGAGAAGAAAAAAGAGAGAGAAAGAGAAAGGAAAGGAAGGUAGAUCUCCUGGAAUUCCCUAAUUUGCUAUUUUGGCAUUCCUCACGAUCCUUAUGUUGUGUCCCAUUCGUGGGACUUCUCUCCUGAGAGGUUGCUGCCGAUCUGUCAAAAAACGCGAUUCUUCGGUCGCCGCUACGGCCUUCUUCUUUCUCCCCUUCUUCUUCUUCUCUUUCUCCGCUGCAGUAUCCGAAUGUUGGAAGAUCUGUGUUUUCACCCGUUUGAGAAACAGCCGAUUCUUGCUAGGAAGUAAAUUACGACGGCGCGAGUCGUUGCUAAUCGACCGAUUCACAGAAUCUAAUUACGAAGGAAGAUGGAGAAAUACUCGUUAUAUCAUCAUUUCUUGAAACAAGUAAUUGGAAGUUCUGUAUCUUUCGUUAACGUUUAUGAGCUCACGAUGUAAUUGGAAUAUGUAAAAUUGAAAUAAUUACACCACGUUUCUGAGAUCUUUAAAAAACUACAUAUUCAUAUUAUAUUGGGGAACAUUAUUUUUAUAUCACGCAGUUGCGAGAAAGACUCUGACGCAACGCACAUCGAUUAUUCUUAAUCCGUCUGUACAUAAUGAAAGCCACGAAGCAUCAAUACUCUCGCAUGACGGGAUCACGUUACGAGUCUUUCGCUUGAUAGUCCUAUCGUUUAUUCGUCUACAGGAGGUAUCCUUCCGUGAAAUGCGAGAAUGAAAGCAUAUUUCGUGCGUCUCGACCUUUCAAUGAUGGGAAGAAGGGAGGAAAAGAGAACGAGGAGCUUCACCCCACUUGGUAAUAUCACUCACAAAUUUAAUGCUCGACUAUUAGCAGGAGGAGUUGCAGGGGUGAAUUGCGCGUCUUCCAUUGUUGAAGUGGCCACGUGCAGGAUGACUGCCACCCCGCUAUGAAGCGUUUGAUCGGUGAUCCGACGUUAGGCCGAACGUAUUGAGUAGAGCAAAGGUCGACUCGCAUAAAAAGUCUUACCCCGUUUCACGCUCGUCGACGGUUUAUUGGAUUUGUUCGACACUCCCCAAAGAUAGAGACCUGCUAGAUUACACAUCGGAUUAGUUAUAGUCUUCUACAUUCGACACGGUCGAGUGUGUCGCCGUUAGGAUGACGAUGUGUCUCAACAUUUAGAAUUAUUCGAUUCAGGUGAACUGGAACAGGUUGUAGAUUGUGUAGUUUGAGACUAGUGAUGAAAUGUAUUGCUUUGUGAUCCACUUAUCGGUUGUAAAAUUUUCUAUUUCAAAAGUUAUGAUUCUUUCAACUUGAACGCGAAGUAUCAAGUAUCAAGUACGUGUAAUUACAUCUAUUAUAUUACUAUUAAAAUCAAACAUAACCAAGAGUUAAUGUUGAAUAAAAUAUAAUUGAAUAACAAUACUAAGAUUAGCUGAUGAAUUUUUUGUAUCAAUUUUUUUCGAACUUAAAAUUGGAUUGCGUGUGUCAAAGGAUGAACAUGGUACUCGUGGCUUGACCCAUUUCUUGUUAAAUGAAUCGUCAGUUCAAGGUGUCGGAAUACUUUUCGCUUGGUAGAAGAUUCAUAGUCACGUUCCAAUUUUCUCAACAGGAAAAACCUGAUUUUCUGAGGAGUUUAAGAAAAUUCCUAACCAGCCUAACUUCGUUGGAGUUUCCUACCCUCUUUUGCUCUUUUCCACUUAUCUCUUUUUCCUUGCCUCCCUGCGGAGGCAACCUUCACUGCUCUCUCGCCGAGGCAAAUUAAGCUUCCCGAAACACCGCGAAACUGUUAAUUAAGACUCAUUAUGCGCGCGGCUUGCCGAGUUCACCGGUAGCGUUAGAGAAGAGAGAGAAGUCGUAGGAGUGGGAGAAAGAGGAAGAGGUGGAUAAGGUUCGGGGUUGUUGGGAAAAGGCGACUCGAAGCGUGGUUAAAGCCGGACGAAGCGAGAAGGGUAGGCAAAGUUGGUGGGUACGGAAAGAUAGAGAAAGAAAGACAAAACCAGAGGCAAAUAGAAAGAGAGACAGGGGUAGAGUGUGGGUAUCGAAGGGUAGGAGGAGGAUUCAGUAGGAACUUCUUAAUACCGUGCUGGGUAGUCCGGGUUCAUUGUGGGAUCAAUACAGAGACGACGGUACGUAGGAGUGGCAACCGAUGCCUCAUUGGACGGUUGAUUCUCGCUCGUUGAUUGGCCGAGCUUGGUACUACCAGUAGGCGUUUCCUUUCGCCCGGUAACCCCUUCUUUUCCGAAAGGGGCUGAUCGAAAAGGGAAGAGAAGGGAAAAGAGACCUUUCCGACCCUCCAGCCAGCUGAAGGAGAGGAGGACGUGCCACGCACGAAAAAGACGGAGAGAGAGAGGAAGAAAGAGAGAAAGAGAAAGAGUUAGAGCGGGUGGAAGGGAGAGGGGAACGAGAGAAAGAGAGAGAGAGAGAGAGAGAGAGAGAGAGGAGCCUGUCCAUGGAGUUGGAAAAAGACGGCGGACGAGUCUAGGGGACGAGAGAGAGGGUGUCCAACGGUCGGUUCGGGGGGUUCAGUCUGUGUUCGCCCAUCAGAGACACACCAGCGGUGUAAUCUGGAGACAGCCGUUCCGUUCUCUCUAUCUCUUUCUCUAUCUCUAUCCGUCGAACUCGUGCAGAUCUUGCGUUCCUGUGUUUCGUGCUCCGUUCGUUCGUGUUUCUUUGGUAAUCUUUGUCUAUCUCUUUCUCGUUUGAUAACAGGAAACGAUCGACGUGCGAUACGCACGAACGUGAGAAGUGAGUGUGAUAAUGCUCGGAGUAUACGUGAUCAUUUUCGAGGUCUCUUAAAACGAUUUAAAGGUGCCAGCUUGUCGGGAGUGUCAGGAUCGACAAGACAGUUCCGUGUUUCUUGAGUUGAAAAAACAGGACAGAUAGGACAGAUCGAUGUUGAUCUAUCGUCGAUACUAGGAUCCUGACACCGAAGAGAAAAAGCUGAAAGGAGUGGAUCUGUCAUCUCCCUACUUUGUUUCCUCUAUCAAAAACGUCAGAAAGGAAGAUCUAUCUUCCCGCGCUUAACAAGAACCUUGAUAAACCGUCGAAAUUUUCUUAUCGCCUGCUAUUGGAUUCGUCAGCAUGACAGCUUUUAAAUUUGUGCCAAGGUCCUUUCUUUGCCCGUAGAAAGAAGUAAUUUCGACGAUGUACCAUCUAUACCAACUGUUGCGUUUCCGAUAGCAGUGUCCGAGUGAAAGGCAUAGACCGUCAAAACGCUUGCCGACGGACGAUCAUCGUAAUCGUGUUGAGCGAGCAUAUCUUUUCGUUGUCCAAACAAAUUGUCGGGUUGUUCUAAAUCGUUCGAAAGUUCAGUUAGGUAGCUAGAAGUCUCAGAGACAGAAGUGAUCGGGUGCACGUGGCACGGUUGGAUUGAGAUUUUCACUUGACGUAAAAUAAAAGAAAGAAUAGAGGAAGAAGAAGAAGAAAAAAUAAGAGGAAGGUGAUCAAGAGAGAGUGGAGGAGCCAAGUGGUGGUGGUAUUAGAACGGGUGGUGCGACGUUCGGGUACGCAAGUCGGCAGGCCGGGUCUGGGGUGCCAAGCCCGGGCGGGGUGAUGAGCUGCUCCGAGGUGAUGUAUCAAUAUUAUCAUCCUUACCUCUAUUCGAGGGCACCGCCGCCGCCGCACCCGACCCACCCCCAUGCGGCCCCACAUACGAAUCCCCAUGCGGCCCAUCACAGUCCGGCAAGGCCGGCACCUUUUCAACCGUUUUCCUCCGCCACGGCGACGCAUCAGUACGACAGGUUGAACGUACACCAAAGGUCUCUGGAAGCGGCGGGUUUAGAACUUUGUGGUGGUGGAGGUAGUGUACCGCAAGGUCAACCAAGUAGCGCGGGUUCGGUGGGAUCAGCACCGAGUCCGGCAUCACCUCGACCAACUCCUCAACCUCGACCACCUCUCGCGACUACUACAUCUCAGCCUUCGCGAACCCUCGACGAUGACAGAUCGACCGACGUAGGGGCUGCUACAGCGGCAGAGGAUUCGGACGAUGGUGAGAGUAGGGCGCAGUAUGUUAGCGCAAACUGCGUUGUCUUCACUCAUUACAGAGGGGAUGCCGCAUCUGAGGUUGAGGAACAUUUCCAACGGGCACUGGCUCAUGACAAGCCCAAAGAAAAUAUCUCCCCCAUGUCGAUGAGGAACUUCCCACCAUCCUUUUGGAACAGUCAGCAUCCCAGCGAUGUUUACGAGUAUCCAACGGAUCCAUGGCACGCGCAUUAUGCUCCGUACCAGCAUAGAGCGGUGCACGAGUAUCAUCAGCAUAACAUGGCCGCUGCAGCGAGUUACAGCGGGUUACUUUUGGGUAGUGCGAGAGGACAUCACACGUCGCACCACGCGGCUCACCACGCGGCACACCACGUGCACGCAGCGGCCUCAUAUAAGGACUGGACGUCGGCAACGCCCUCUCAGUCGCUUGUUGACGUGUCCUCGGCGCCGCCUUACCCUCAUGGUCCUUAUGCCUCCCUUUCCGGUCUCGAGUCGCAAGUGCAGGAUUCCAAAGAUCUCUACUGGUUCUAGAAGCGAGCGCCGAAAUCUCGCGAACCGAACUGAUGAACCGCGUGAUUUUUCAUGAACGCGAGGAGUCCAUUUUAGCUCGUCGUUUGUUCUUUCGACGAGAAUUUCGUACGAGCUUAUUGUUAGUCGGAACGAAGGGAAAAACGAUAAAGAAGAAGAACUUUGUUAGGAACGUCGAGAGAAACACAAUGAAAAAGAUAAAAGAAGGAGAAUUGGAGUGUAUAUAGUGUUACCUAAAUCUUUUAAGGAUCUACGAUUAGUGUAAACUCAAAAUAGUAUUAGAGAAACGAUUGCGCGCACUAUUACCUUCAUAGUGACUGCUGUUCGAUGCUGAAAGGAAUCUCUAGUUCACAUAGCGUGUAGGUAAUUAGAUCGUCGAGGACAAAUUCCGUCAACUGGGAACUGCAGGCGAGAAAUUUUUUUUCGAUCUUUUUAUUCGUUGGACCAAAUCGCUGGAAAAUGGAAACCGAUCCUUUGAAAUAGUAGAUUAGAUGCGUUCUGUGAGCGAAAAUUUUUGAGGGAGUUUGUCCUGGUUUUUGCGAAUCUAAAGUUUCCAAAUAAUCGCGGACGAAGGAUUACUUUUAUCGAAUAAUAAAGAAACGAUCUACACGUAUGUUUUUUAUUUUAGAUCGUCAUUGUGAUAAUAGAUAAAAUGGAAAGAAAGAGAGAGAAAGAGAGAGGGAGAGAAAGAAGUCAUCGGAGAAUAAUCGGUACGACUCUGCGUGUUAUUUGGCGAAUUUAGAUGCGAGCGAUUUAAGUAAAGUAUUUAUUGACCAAUGACCUUGCCAUAUAUUAUAUAUUGCUAUUACUAUUGUAUCAUAACAAGCUGGGCGCUACGAGAAGAUUCCGAAACAUCUCCAAGUCGGCGAAUUAAAACAAAAAAAAAACAAAACACGAAGAAAAAAGAGAGAUAGUUAUUAUACCCGAAGUGUCGCCAUUUUUUUCUUUUUUAUACCUACAUCCUCGAUCGCUUCGCGCAGCAUGGCCAUUGCUUUUAACGACAAACUGUCUUCGUCGGCAGAUGAUAAAAUAAACAAUUCGUCAAUACCACAAUAAUUGUCUUCGUCAAGCGAACUCCUAAACAUAUAUCACAUGACUCUAAACGUCCCUGUAUUCAUUUUUACCAAAACGUGAAAGAUUCCUAAUCUAUCGCAUUGAUAAUAUUAGUAAUUUUUAAUUUAAUAAUUUUUAUCGGUAAGAUUGACAAUCGAUUCUCUGGCAGUCUUUAAACUUCAGGUACGUACCUACAUUCUCUUUAUUGUUAGUUACUUAUGAAUUAUUAGGUAAGAAAAUAAUUUAGAAACAACGUAAGAACCCGGAUAUAAAAAUAGUGUGAGUAAGGCUAGACAAAAUCAUCGUCAGGACUUAUAAAUCGGCCAUCUGCGCUGAUCGUCGAACGAUUUCCGUCGAACGCUUCGUUUACUAGUCUUUCCGCUUCUUUCUGUUUCCUAAAUUGUCAUAAGCGGCCUGCGCUGCGGAAGUAACAUUAACGAGAUGAGAAAGUGAGCAAUUAACUUCGUCACCUUAGAAAGAGAGAGCGAGAGAGUGAGAGAGGCGGAACCGAUUCGGGGCUGUGGUUGACCGAUCGACUUGCGUGUAAUCACGUGUGAAACAUAUGUCCGUUAAUUGGACUUCAAAGAAAAUCGGGCAUUAGGAUCUUUAUGAUCCACCGACUUUUUUCACGCUAAGUAUUUGUACAAGCUAUCGAUUUAUUUUAGAUUUAUGUUGGUUUCAUGUUACAUUAUUAAAAAAUAAUUAUACGCGUCAUUACUUAUUUAUACAAUGACAAACAUCAUAACAAGACUAGUUUUGGUUAAAAAGAAUAUAGUUUUUCAAUAUCCUCAUAAUUUCUGAUUUACGUGGUAACAUCUAGUCGGUAUUAAAUCUAUCAAAUAAUAAAAUAAAUCCUUCAGCCGUCCGGGAGGGGCUAGCUUCGAUGUUCGGAUAAGGAAAGAACAAGAGAUGUACGAGGAACAAAAGGAAGAGAGGUAGAAGGAAAAGAGAGACUCUUGAAGAUUUACUGCUCGACCUAACGUUUUCCAACCUCCUGUAAUUACCAAACUCAGUUUUGUUCAGUGAUACUUUACCCUAGAGCAAUACUAACUUAGAAAACGUAUCUCGUAUUCCCUUCUUGAUAACCAAGGAUCUUUAUGACCCCAUUAAAGUCAUUAAAAUUAAUUUGCUAAAGGAAGAAAUCAUUUUGACCAUAACCACUUCCUAGUCAAGGUUUUAUUUUUUUAUUUUACAAAUAUAUAACGGUAUUGAAUUGUACUUAUCGCAGCUAGAUAUUUCCAUUAUAAAAAAAUAUUUUCUUCGUUUUCAUUAUUUAAUUUAGAUGCCAGUCAGUAUGCAGACCGGAAAUGAGAAUAUAUUUGAGAGAAAAAAAAAGUAAGAUUCAUCCUGUUCUGUGCUUCGAUGGCUUAGCUCGUGUCUUACAAGAUGGAUACAGAACAUUGCCCCGCGAGCAUAAAUCAGUCUGUUGAGUUUCUUAUGCUGUGCGUAUGAUUUGUGUGUUUUGUUACGCAAUCGUGCAUAUGCUGGCUAGACGCGGAAAAAGUACAAGCAGGAAGCCCACGUGAGGGCCACGUGAUAUGCAGUCAUCCGGGAAAGAAGAACGAUCACCGUGACCAUCGACUCGUAUUACACAACGAUGAUAUUUCAUUAAGAUUCGUACGUCAAAUGUGUUUAAAAAAUGAUGACCGAAUUGAAUUCUUCUCAAA